AUGGAUAUCGACAGUACACUCGCCUAUCAUCCAUUGUGGCUCUGCUUUCGAGUUUUGGCUCCAACGUUCUUUGGCGCCACUUCGUAUUCAGUUUAUGUGUAUAUGAUUUUGAUGCAUUUGCUCGUUACGGUCACGUUUUCAUUGCAUCUGCUGCUGGGACUAUUUCUACAAGCCGAUCCAGCCAAGUUGUUUAAGAACUUGACUAUGAGUUUAACCUGUGCAGCAUGUAGCUUAAAGUGUAUUGUACAACUGUGGUACUUGCCACACAUGAUGGAAAUUAAAACAUUGUUAAUGCAGCUAGAUGAGUGCGUCCAGAACGAUGAGGAGAAGAAUUAUUACCGGGAGACAGUGCAGUACAGGGUAAAUCGAUUUACCCGCUGUAUUUAUAUCAGUUAUGGCAUUAUCUAUAUACUCUUUGUGCCCAGCUCGAUAAUGGUGUUACUUUCCGAAACACCUGAGUUAUUAUAUUUGGCCUGGUUACCCUUCGACUGGCGAAGUAGUUACUCUUGUUAUGCACUGGCCGUUGCUUAUCAGUUUAUAUGCAUCCUGGCCGAGUGCUUUCAAGGAUUAACCAACGAUAUCUUUACCCCAUUGACAUUGUGCUAUGUGAGUGGACAUCUGCAUCUUUUUGGAAUACGUAUGUCGCGUCUGGGAUUUCAUCAACAGCCUGGCAUCGAAAUACAAGAGGAACUCAAGGCUUGCUUCCAGGAUUUUAAGCUAAUCAUGAGACUACAUGAGCUGACCAGAGAAACCGUUAGCUUUGUACAGCUCAUACAGUUGGUCUUCUGUGGUACGAAUCUGUGUAUAAUCGUGAUCUAUGUAUUGUUCUAUGUCGAAGAUAUUGUCUCACUGAUCUACAAUGCCACGUACUUUGUCGUCGUCUGUAUUCAGUUUUUUCCCAGCUGCUACUUUGCCAGUGUUUUGGCUCAGGAGUGCGGACGAUUGCCCAAUGCCAUCUUCUCGGGCAAUUGGUAUAAACAAUCAUCUCAAUAUCAACGCAAUGUGCUCAUCUUUACCCAGCUCUCAUUGCGGCUUCUUAAGAGUCCUGUGAUGGCCGGCGGACUAAUUGAACUCAAUCUGAACGCCUUUGUUGUUACCGUGAAAAUGGCGUAUUCACUUUUCGCAGUUGUGGUGCAAGCUAAAAAAAAUAAUUAA